UAAACUACUGGCGAUGUGUAUAAUUCUAUCUUGCAUAACCAACUAUCUCUUCCACAGAAGAAUUACAGACACGAAGAAUGAAAAUGACACUACAUUCAAAGGCAUUCAUUAUUCUCAUUGUUGUGGGAGUAUUUGUACGUGACACCUCAGCAAGGAAGCUCCUGGGAGAUGCAGUAGCUACAAUCUUUGACUACAAGAUCCCUGCAGCAGAUGGCUUCGGACUAGGUGCUCAAAUUAUAGGAGGAUCUGGUGGAGGAGGAAGCGGUGGUGGCGGUGGAGGAGGUGGAGGUUUUAGUAGCGGAUUUGGUUCAGGAUUUGGAUUUGGCUUCGGUAGCGGUCAGGGUUCAGGUUUAGAUGGUAGCGGCGGUGGCGGAGGAGGCGGCGGUGGUGGUGGUGGCGGCGGUUAUGGGUUUGGAAUAGGAGAAGGUUUCGGUGGAGGUGGUAUCUGAUCCAAUAAAUUUGCCAUAUUGAAGAAUAAUUGGAAGUCAGAAAACAAAACAAAAAAAAAAUAACAAUUUGAAGUUGGCCGAGGCUUUAAUUUUAUGUUUUAUGCUUAUUAUGUGAGAAUAUUCACCAUUUGAAGCUAGACACUGUCCCAUCUGAUUAAUGUAGAAAGUGAAGAUUGAAGUAUAAAGGCAUG